AAUGCUGAGAGUGCAGCAGGUUUUGGUCAGGGACAGUUUUAUGGAACUGAUAAGAGCUCUGGUGGUCUUUAAAACAUGGGCGUGCAAGUGGACCAGCGAGAGACAAGGUACUGAAACCACAGCCUCUUUUGAAGCCAUGGCCUCCUCUUCUUCAUCCCUCCUGCUUUUCCUGUGUGGUCUGAGUUUAGCUGCUGCUCAACUCAGAGUGUUUAACCUGCGAGCCAGUGGCCUUCCCUCUGACUUGCUGGGAACCACUGAUGGUUACGUCACCGUUUUCUGUGCAUCAAAUUCUCUUGGUAAGACGUCCGUUCGCAACAAUAAUGCCAAUCCCUGGUGGGAGGAGGAGUUCUCCUACUUCAAGGCCCAGGAGGGUGACGUACUGAGGCUGGAGGUCCAUGACAGAGAUGUCCUCUUUGAUGACUUGAUUGGAGUUUGUCAACGUCAGAUCAAAGUAGGAACCAAUAGUCAUGACUGCUAUCUGAAGAAAGGUGGAACCCUCCAUUACACCUACACCCUGGGCUGAAAACCAGACACAUCGUUCUCUUAAGCUACAUAUAAAACCUGCAUCUCUCAAAUCAUCUUAGUUGUUGCAUCUGUUUCUGCAUCAGUUUAAAUGCUGUUGGUUAAAAUAAAACAUGUUGCAGCCAGAUA